GGCUCUGGGCCCAGCGAGCGAGGGCCGCGGGCGGGCCCCGAGGGCCGCACGCCCGCUGGCCCGCGCAGCCAUGGCCUCUCGUGGGCGCCGCCGGGCGCGCGUGUGGGUCGCCCUGGCCGCUGCCGCCGGCAGGCCCGGCGCCGACGGGACCUACUGGUCGAGGUGGUCCGAGGUCACCACGGCGACGGACUCUGCGGUCGCGGCCAUCAUGCCGGACGGCUCCGUUGUCGCGUGGGGCGACCCGAACCGCGGUGGCGACGUCAGCCUCGUGGCGGGCAGCCUCAAGUCUGGCGUCAGGAGCCUGAUCCGGACUCCCGGGGCGCUUGCCGCGCUGAAGGAGGGCGGCGAAGUGGUGGCCUGGGGGAACCCGGCCAUGGGCGGCAGCAUGGGGGGCCUGGAGAAGGUGCUCGCGAGCGGCGUGGACAAGGUCUUCAGCGGUAGCUUCGGGUUCGCUGCACUGAAGGGCGGCCGGCUGUACACGUGGGGCGACCCGCGGUUUGGGGGCGACGCGAGCGCGAUCGCCGAGAAGGUCCAGUCUGGCGUGGUUGAGGUGGUCGAGAACUGCUGCGCUGGGGCGGCCAUCAAGGAGGACGGCUCGGUGGCCACGUGGGGGCACGCCGACAUGGGUGGCGACAGCAGUGCGGUUGCCAAAGAGCUUCAGUCCGGCGUGAAGCGAAUCUGGACCUGCUGUUGCGCCUUCGCGGCCCUAAAGGAGGACGGAUCCGUGAUCUCGUGGGGGCGCGACGUGGAUUCGGGCAAGGUCGAUGCCGAGCUCAGGUCGGGCGUGGUGGACGUGUACUCAUCCACUGCCUCCUUCGCCGCGCUCAAGAGCGACGGCUCGGUCUUCUCCUGGGGGGACAACCACCACGGCGGCGACAGCAGCAAGGUUGCCCACCUGCUGCGGUCGGGCGUGGCGCGGAUCUGGAGCAAUCUCGAUGCUUUCGCGGCCCUGAAGGAGGACGGCUCGCUGGUGACGUGGGGCACGGGCCACGGCGGCGGAGAUCACAGUGCGGUCGAGCAGGAUCUCAGGCAGGGCGCCAAGAUUAGGGAGGUCGUCGGGGACUCUUGGCAGUUCGGCGCUCUCAGGGAGGACGGGUCGGUGGUCACCUGGGGCAAGCCGACAGACGGCGGCGACAGCAGUGCGGUGAAGGAUGGUUUACAGUCCGGGGUGACGCAACUGGCGGCCAACCACUUCGCGAUGGCCGCCCUCCGGGAGGACGGCUCUGUGGUCACCUGGGGCAAGCCCGUCCAGGGCGGUGACAGCAGCGGGGUGGCGCACGAGCUUAGCUCUGGUGUGGUGAACAUCUCGAAGCUCACGGACCAGGCCUUCGUGGCGCUGAAGGAGGACGGCUCCGUGGUCACGUGGGGCGCCGCGCACAAGGGCGGCGACAGCAGGCCGGUGGCCGAGGCGCUCCUGCGGGCCGUGCGGCAGGAGGAGCUCUGACGGGUGAGGGCCCGUGGCAGUCACGGUGCGCGCGCCUGGCCGGGCAUCUCGCCGCGAUCGUGGAAAACGAAGGUGUUGCCUCGUUCCUUAUGUAGGGUUUCUUAGGUCAAGACCCCGACUGCACUCCGGCUCAAUCCCGCCACAUCCGGAGUGGAGGCCUCAACGGCGCGGGCAGGCCGUGGCAGCGCCACUGCCGCGACCACGCGCCGACGCGCCGACUUUCCGCAGAGAGCCCCGCCCAUCUGCGGGGGGGGGGGGGGCUUGCCACCGCUCGGGCGUGCCUCCUCCGUGCA